GCGCCGCUGUCAUAAGCGUCAGAAACAGUGGAAGGCGUGUAAUCAGGAGGACAGCUGGAAGAGCGAGUGAGAAGUGAAGGAAAAAGCGGCUUGUCUCCUCCUCGCGGCUUCCAGUAGUUUUCCCUCUUUUUGUAAUGGUCGAAGCUCCAAGUGUGAGACUUUCCUCAAACUAUUUGCAGUCCGCGCGCCAUUCUGGCUUGGGAUUUUACACUUCUUUUUCGCAUACACUUCAACGAAGCUAUGGAUCCGCAAAAAUGGUCAUGUUUAAGUCCAGUUUCGCAGGCGUGAACACAUCCAUUUUCUUGCGAGAGCUAUUUCCCUCCGUUUGGACUUGAACGCAGUAGGAAAACAUUUGGUUCGACAAGCUCCUGUGUGUCCAGCAAGUAGCCUCAUCAGUAUGGUGAACAGCCAAGCGUCAGGAGUAACUCCGGCCCCCAGGUCAUGUGCAGGAUGUGGGGGGAAGAUCGCUGACCGUUUCCUGCUCUUCUCCAUGGAACGCUACUGGCACAAUCGCUGCCUCAAGUGCUCCUGCUGCCAAGCCCAGCUGGGCGACAUUGGCACCACCUGCUACAGCAAAGGAGGCAUGAUUCUGUGUCGCAGCGAUUACAUUAGGCUGUUUGGGCACAGCGGGGCAUGCAGUGCCUGUGGCCAGUCAAUCCCAGCCAAUGAGAUGGUGAUGAGGGCACAGGGAAAUGUUUACCACCUCAAGUGUUUCAGCUGUGCCACGUGCAGGAAUAGACUGAUGCCUGGAGAUCGCUUUCAUUAUCUGAAUGGCACAAUUUUCUGCGAGCAUGACAGACCUGGUGCCGCCCUGCUCAGCAGCCACCUGCCACAGCUUCAAAGUAACUCAGUGCUGACUGAUCAGAAGGUGUGCUGAAGCUUUAAUUCUUCUCUCCUGCUACUGUUGCCAUUUUGCCUUUCAGGUGCGCGCUGGCAGUGAUGUCACACGUCGACUGUAAAAUAUCAGAUUUUGAGCAAGUCCGAUCUGCAAGAUCCGCCCCGGAACAGUGCGUAAUCCAUCAUUUGGACUGUCAUAGAGUUGAUCCGGGCCGCUUCUGGCGCACUGACGCUCAGCAGGCUUGAUUGCCAUGCGGAUCCGGAACGCAGUUGCCUGCUAUCAGGGUAAGGGUCAGAGUUGGGUAAAGUAGCCAAAACAUUUACUCAACUAAAAGUAGCGUUACUACAAAUCAAUAUUACUCAACUAAAUGUAAAAGUAGCCAUCAAAAAAAUGUACUCAAGUACAAGUAAAAAAGUAUUUGGUGAAAAGAAUGCUCAAGUCAUGAGUAACAUUGUGAGUGACUGCUUACGAUGUUUUUUUUUUUUUUUUUUUAAACAAUGGUAUUUUUUUUUCUCACCACAAAUUCAUCAAACCAAUUCCACAAAGGGCCAAGUGGGUGCUGGAUUUUGUUCCAACCGAUACCGCGUAAACAGUCUAACCAAAGAAUUUUCUGUUGAAACAAGCAGCACCUGACAAAGUUUAACUGAUUACCCAUGUAAGAGAUCAGAUUGGUCCAAAGGUGUCCUCUUCAUUGGUUUAAAAGAAAGCCUGCCCUCACUUGGCCUUUUAUGGAGUCAGUUUGACACCAGUUAUCUAUGUGAAUCGUUCCUAUUAUACUGUACUAUAUAACCUAUUACAUAACCACAAUAAGCAAUUUUUUUUUUAAAUCAUUGAAUUUCGUCAAGAGAAUAAAGAAUCUCCAGAAAUAAAGCAUUAUUCAUCCAAAGAGCAUAAGUGCCCUCUAGUGGAGAAAACAUGUUUCCUAUUAUGAAACUAAGAGGAUCAUUUCUCUGUUUUCCGUGGUCAAUCGGUGCCAAACAAAAACUGGGAGAGAGAUUAAAAUCCGCGCUCAGUCAAAUACUUACUUUAUUACAGUGCCUUAAAGAUGCCACCUGAUUGAACAGUAUGACGUGAUCAAAGAACGGCAAGCUUGAGUCUGAGCGGCAUAACGAAGUCAUGUGAUUAUUGUUGUGAAGUCUCAUUGGUGAAACUAAUAGAGCCACUGUUGGCAUCUCUGGCAAAAAAAAAAAAAAUCUAAUUUAUAGAAUAAAGAAGAAAAAUGUAACAACUGGUGUAGCCCAAAGUAGCGGAGUAAGAGUCGCGUUUCUUCUUCACAAAUCUACUCAAGUAAAAGUAAAAAGUAUGGCUUGAUAAAACCACUCUUAGAAGUAAAUUUUUCUCAAAAAGUUACUCAAGUUAAUGUAACGGACUAAAUGUAACAUGUUACUACCCACCUCUGCAAAGUAUAAAUAAUAAGUAUUCAAAUACAGUGCUGGCCAAAAGUAGUGGCACCUCUGCAAUUCUGUCAGAUAAUGCUCAAUUUCUCCCGAUUGCAAUUACAAAUGCUUUGGUAGUAAUAUCUUCGUUUAUUUUGCUUGCCAUGAAAAACAAAAAUAAAACAUUAUCAUUUUACACAAAAUUCCAAAAAUGGGCCGGGCAAAUGUAUUGCUACUCUCAGCCUAAUACUUGGUAGCACAACCUUUAGACAAAAUAACUGUGAACAACCACUUCUGGUAUCCAUCAAUGACUUUCUAACAAUGCUCUGCUGGAAUUUUAGACCAUUCUUCUUUGGCCAACUGCUCCGGGUCUUUGAGAUUUGAAGGGUGCCUUCUCUAAACUGCCAUUUUCAGAGUCCUCCACAGGUGUUCUAUGGGAUUCAGGUCUGGAUUUAUUGCUGCCCACUUUAGAAGUCGCCAGUGCUUUCUCUCAAACCAUUUUCUAGUGCUUUUUGAACUGUGUUUUGGGUCAUUAUCCUUCUGGAAGACCCAUGACCUAUGAGGGAGACCCAGCUUUCUCACACUGGGCCCUACAUUAUGCUGCAAAAUGUGUUGGUAGUCUUCAGACUUCACAAUGCCAUGCACACCGUCAGGCAGUCCGGUGCCAGAGGCAGCAAAGCAACCCCAAAACAUCAGAGAGCCUCUGCCAUGUUUGAAUGUGGGGACAGUGCUCUUUUCUUUGAAGGCCUCGGUUUUUUCCUGUAAACUCGUUGUGGAUGCCUUCUCCCAUAAAGCUCUACUUUUGUCUCAUCUGACCAGAGACCAUUCUUCCAAAAUGUUUUUGGCAUUCUCAGGUUUGGCAAACUCCAACCUGGCUUUUUUAUGUAUCUGAGUCAGAAGCGGGGUCUUCCUCGGUAUCCUACCAUAGAGUCCCUUUUCAUUCAGAUGCCGACGGAUAGUACGGGUUGACACUGUUGUGCCCUCGGACUGCAGGACAGCUUGAAAUUGUUUGGAUGUUAGUCAAGGUUCUUUAUCCACCAUCCACGCAAUCUUUCGUUGAAAUCGCUCGGCAAUUUUUCUCUUCCGUCCACAUUUGGGGAGGUUAGCCACAGUGCCAUGGGCUUUACAUUUAUUGUUGACACUGUGCAGAGUAGACGCAGAAACAUUCAGGUCUUUGGAGAUGGACUUGUAGCCUUGAGAUUGCCCAUUCUUCUUCACAAUUUUGAUUGUCAGGUCCUCAGACAGUUCUUUGGUCUUCUUUCAUUUCUCCAUGCUCAAUGUGGUACACACAAGGACACAUGACAGAGGUUGAGUCAACUUUAAUCCAUUUUAACUGGCUGGAAGUGUGAUUUAGUUAUUGCCACUACCUGUUAUGUGCCACAGGUAAGUAACAGGUGCUGUCAAUUACAAAAAUUAGAGAAGCAGCACAUGAUUUUUCAAAGGGUACCGAUACGUUUGUCCGGCCCAAUUUUGGAGUUUUGUGUAAAAUGAACAUGAUUUAAUUUUUUUCCAUUCUAUUUUGUGUUUUUUCAUUGCAAGCAUAAUAAAUGAAAAUAUUACAACCAAAGCAGUUGUAAUUGCAAUCAUUUUCCAAGAGAAAUUGAAUUACAGGGCUGCUGAUACUUUUGGCCAGCAGUGUAAUAUCAGAAGUAAUUCUGUAUUCACAUUUAAUCCAUUCAAGUACUACUUCAAACAUUUGCAAUUUCUGCUCUUUGGAAAUUAUGGUUGUCAAUAUUUAUUCUAUGGCAUUAAAGCUAAACAAUCCGAACCAACUGCGCAAUAUGCAAAUGCACUGGUUGACACCACAUCUGAUUUCAUCAUGUAGCAUUGUCAGAGCUAUGACUGCAUGCAAAGUUACUGAAAUUUAGUUGUUAAAAAUACACCCUGUAUGGCACCCAAAUGAUUUUAAAGCUGCUAUUUCAUUAAAGAAAAUGAUCAUAUCGCGUCGCAUCAAGAGGUCAGUCUACACAGGGACAAUGAAAAGGGCGCAUGCACACAUAUGUGCGCUUAGGUAUAGUAUGAAUGUCAAAUCUGGCAGGGUUCAGAAGAAGCCUGAGGGGGGCCUUCUACCAACAGAAAGCUUUUGGUGGAACAGCACCUAACGUUCUAAUACAAUAACUGAGCGACUUCCAUUCUGACACUGUAGGAAUAAAGUCAAUAAAUGUUGAUGAUGUACACCAAAUUGGUGGCACUUUGUGUCAAAACAAGAAAUUCAGAAAGCAGACCUCAGAUCUGUAGAAAAUGAUGCCAGCUCCUGUGAAUUCCCAGAAAUGUAUGCUUGAUUGAUUGCUAUCAUCCUUCUGAUUGUCACACUAUUUGCCCUUUAUUUUAUUGGAUUAUGAUUUAUAUUCUGUUGCUUUUAUCAUUGUGUUUAUAUCACUUUUUUCAUUUGAGCUUAGUCUUAGCUUUAUAUAGCAAUUUUAAGUCAUUCGAUACAUUGGAAAACAAAUGAAACAACAGAAAGCAGCAACUUCACAACCAACAAAUGUAAUAGUGCUCAUUUGUGCAUGUAUGGUUUAUUUUUAUUUUUUUAAUCAUUGUAGCAUUUCUACAUUACCACAAAAGGUUGGUCAUUGGGUCCUGUGGCUGCAUGAUUUUGUUGGAUUGAUAUGAGAUGAUUGAUGACACAAGAAUUUUCUAUUUUCUUGCUCUUCGAAAAAAAACGAGUUUAUUGACAAUAAAGCCCAUACUGUAUUCAACACACAGCAUAAUAUGCUUUGAAGCUUAUUUCCCCUCCAAUCUUUCGUAUACUACAAUUUGGAAUUUACCUAAACCUUCCUGGAAAACUACCGUAUACCACAGCAGUCAAACAAAAUGCCCUUGGGUCAUUGAGCGUAUAGACAAGUUUCCUGAGUGAAACAUGGGCGUCACCAUCUUUGACAUUUUCUGUUAAGGACAUUCGGUUUAGACAGAACAACAUGAAGAGCAGUUGAAGUAAGAAGUGUGUCGACAAAGUUAAAACUGCAAAAUCAAACCAGAGGAACCCAUGAGCUAGCUCUCGGACAUUUUGUGUUUUGCGUUCGUUAUUAUCACUUUGUUGAUCGUUCGUGGACAAAUUCUAACAAGCUGUGCAGCCUGUGUUAACAUAAGGUGUAGAUUGAUACACCGGUGACUUGAGUGAUGAAAAUGAGGCAAAAUUACAAAUUAUAAUACAGUUGCCGAAUGCAGAAGGGCUGACACAGAUUUUGUUGUUACAAGGACAUACUACAAUGUAUUGUUCAUCUGUUUAGAUUAUAGUUAUGUUAUUAUGAGCUCAUCAAACAUGUACAUAUAAACACAAAUAAUAUGUCAGUCCUUUAUUUCAGAUAUAGAUCGCAAUAAAACUUUUGGACAACAUAAUUCAAUUUCAUGUUUAUUUAAAAUGAUUGGCGCAUGUGCAAAACAGGUCAAUAAAUCACAAAUUAUAACAUUUUUAGAAAAACAUCAACGAAGGUGGAGCAUAAGUCAAGGAUUCCAUCAUCGUAGUAGAAUACACGUGGUCUCGAUAUAUGUCCAUCAACGUACAGUAAGUGUUGUUGUGUGGCACAUCCAGUUGGCUUCCCUUGGCUAACAGUGUUUUCCACCUGUAAACAAACAUACAAAAACUUGUAACAAUUGCAUUUAUGCAUUUAGGGUAAGAAGCAUAGGCGGAGUUUGACUUUUGGGGCGGGGGGGCACAACAUGUUGAUGAUCCCGAAAUGCAGUGUCAGCAAUAAAAUUAACUUACAAGAAUAAUUAUAAUAAUAAAGUUGAAAAUUAGCAUUUUUUGUUUCCCAUCAUUCUUGAUUGGAAUUCCAAAUCAGGCUGCUUAGGACAGCUAUACUUUUCGACAAGAUCGUCAUCCAUUGAAUAUGGUACGGCGCUGGUGUCGUUCCGAUGUGCCGUCAAAAUUGUAUCCCCUGGACGGAGCCACUGCGCUGCAUUGAUUUGCUUGAUUUCCGUGUUUUGGUGAUGUAGUUAUCUAAGAGAUUUUAAAACAUGACCCAAAGAAAAAAAAAUCCUGUCGUAUAAUGUAACGUAUGUACUGAACGUAAAAAAAAGGCAAUGUUUUACUGUUUUCCUAGUAGAAUGACCUAUAACUGUUAUUACUGUAAUUCAAGUCCUGAAUGGACUUUCAGUUUAAUAAAUGUCAAUGUCCAAAAUAUAUAACUGCGGUUCUUUUCUGGCUUCAAUUAAUUCAACAUAACUCAUAACUAGGGCUGUCAAAAUUAUUGCGUUAACGGGCGGUAAUUAAUUUUUAAAAUUAAUCACGUUAAAAUAUUUGACGCAAUUAACGCACAAAUGCCCCGCUCAAACGGAUUAAAAUGACAGCACAGUGAAAUGUGUACUUGUUGUGUUUUUCGGAGUUUUGUCGCCCUCUGCUGGUGCUUGGGUGUGACUGAUUUUAUAGGCUUCAGCACCCAUGAGCAUUGUGUAAGUAAUUAUUGACAUCAACAAUGGCGGGCUACUAGUUUAUUUUUUGAUUGAAAAUUUUACAAAUUUUAUUAAAACGAAAAAAUUAAGAGGGGUUUUAAUAUAAAAUUUCUAUACCUUGUACUAACAUUUAUCUUUUAAGAACUACAAGUCUUUCUAUCCAUGGAUCGCUUUAACAGAAUGUUAAUAAUGGUAAUGCCAUCUUGUUGAUUUAUUGUUAUAAUAAACAAAUACAGUACUUAUGUACCGUAUGUUGAAUGUAUAUAUCCGUCUUGUGUCUUCUCUUUCCAUUCCAACAUUAAUUUACAGAAAAAUAUGGCAUAUUUUAUAGAUGGUUUGAAUUGCGAUUUAUUGCGAUUAAUUACGAUUAAUUAAUUUUUAAGCUGUAAUUAACUCGAUUAAAAAUUUUAAUCGUUUGACACCCCUACUCAUAACUAGUGUGUGUGUGUGUGUGUGUGUGUGUGUGUGUGUGUGUGUGUGUGCUCUCCCGCGGCCAGGGGAUACAAUUUUUAAUAUUAAACCUAAUCAUAAUUACAAUCAUCAUCGUAAUGACAACAUCAAAGACAACAAGUCAUUUAAUUUGCAAGUUUUUAGCUUUUGUAUUUUUGGAGCAUUGGGCACAUGAAAAUGCAGAGAUAGGAAGAACAACACCGAGAAUUUCCCCAUGGUGGGAUCAAUAAAGGCUUUCUUAUCUUAUCUGAUCUUAACAAACCUUCCAUAACACAGCGGCAAAAUGGCUAGAUAAACACCCAGUCAUUGUGGUGGCAUGGGCUUGAUUCCACAUCUGCCUUCAUGAACAUGUUGUCGUCCCCUGUCGUGAUGAUGGCAAAUGGAUGCGGUAUUUCCAAAUUGUCUUUUUUGAGGGGUUUCGAUGAGUGAUGCCACUCCAGCGUCAUUGUUGUUUUGGUUAGAGAAAGUGUAAAACGGAAGUCGCGAGCAGAAAUGCGGAAAUAAAGUGGAAGUACCUCGGGAGCUUGUCUAUAAGACAGGGGUCAGCAACCUGCGGCUCUAGAGCCACAUGCAGCUCUUUAGAGCUGCCCUAAUGGCUCCCAGGAGCUUUUUCAAAAAUGUUUGAAAAUGGAAAAAGAUAGGGGAGGGAAAUAUACAUUUUGUUUUAAUGUGGCUUCUGUAGCAGGACAAACAUGAUACGAACAUUUUUCUAAUUCAUUAAUAUUACAAUGAAGUUAAACUUGAGGUGGUAUCGUACAAUAGAGUAAUCACGUGGUGCGUCAUUCGCCAUAGGAUAAACUUCAGGAAAAAAAAUAAACAUUUAAUCAUGAAGGCUCAUUAUGUAUUUAUAGCCAAGUUAGUGAUUUGGAAAACAGGGCUAAUAUAGCUAGUAUGAGUGUUGUAGUUUUUUGGCAGCCCUUUUUAUUUUCGACUUUCUCUUAGUCUUUUGGACAAUAAUGUUUAUUAGUCUUAGUCAUAUUUUAGUCAUUUCAAAAUGUUUCUUUGUCUAGUUUUUAUUGACAAAAACUAACUAAUUUCAUCAAGUUUUAGUCAAUGUUUACUCAGUAUUUCCGUCUGUAAAAUGUUAAAGUUUCAUGACAAAAAUGAAAAUUUCGAAUGAACAUUGACAGAUGAGCACAUAUUGUAUCAUUUACAAGCAUCUAGAAAUCUAUCACGUGAAAAGACACCGUCAGCAGGAAAAAAGUACAUUAUUUUCAAUUAUCCCUCCUGGCAGCCGCAAACUGUAUGUAAAAAAAAGUUGUCCAAGAGUUUAAGAGGGCACUCGCCAUUAACAAUAGCCUAAUGCUAACGUGAAUGCUAUGCUAACGCUACGAGUUACCAGACCCUGCUACGAUGCAGGGUAACUACACAUCAAAUGUCGCAUAUUGUGAACAUAGGACGGAAACUAUGACGCAUUUUCGUCUCGUUCUCAUCUCGUCAGAUAAAAACUGGCAUUUGUUUUGUUAUGUUUUAGUCUUCCAAGACAUGUUUUUAGUUCGUUAUCAUCUCGUCAUCGUCAUGAAAAAAUUGUUCGUCAACAAAAUAUUUUCGUUGUAGUCAUCAUUGAUGAAAAUGCACAGGCUAAUGUAAAUACAUUCAGCAUGUGUUGCCUUCAUUGUAAGGCUUAUUGAGGCUUUUAUUUUUUUUUUGCGGCUCCAAACAUAUUUGUUUUUUUUUUGGUGCAAUUUUCAAGUUUUGGAUUGCCGACCCCUGGUAUAGAAUAAACUCUGGAAAUAUGAGUUAAAUUUUCUGAGUUUGUUUUUGUGAGUUUUUGGGGUCAACAACACAAGUGAUGGUAACUGUGGAAAGUGUGAUAAUAACAUAAAUAAGUUUGUAUCCUGUGGAAAAAUUGUGUACAGGUAGCUAUUACAUGUUCUGAAUUUCCACAGGGGUCAGAGUACUUUCGCUGUAUAAAUACUUGGCCAAAUUCUCAAAAUGGGCAACAGUUUGCACUCCCAGUAGAGGUGCAUGGGGUGAACAGUGGCUCAUUUGCAUGACAUGGAAGUACAUAUCUCAAAAGGGGGUGGGAAAAUAUGCCGUAAUUCCCGAUCCUUUGGGUAUUUAGCCAGCACUUUAAAAUCAAAGACAUGUCCAUUC